AUGCCCUUUGAUAGGAAGGAUGUGAAAACUGCUAUUUUUCAAAUUGAUAGCAAUAAAAGUCCAGGUCCGGAUGGAUAUCGAAAUGGAUUCUUUAAGGCAUCAUGGAAAGUAGUAGGGGAUGAUAUCACUGAGGCAUUCUUGGAAUUUUUUCAGAAUGGUAUAUUGCUAAAACAGCUGAAUUCUACUUGCAUUGCCCUGAUCCCCGAGGUCAACUACCCGGAAUAUGCAAACCAGUUCAGGCCUAUAUCUUGUUGUAAUGUGCUCUACAAGUGUAUUUCCAAGCUGAUUUGCAGUAGGCUAAAUCAUGCUAUUUCAUAUCUGGUUGCUGAUAAUCAAUCAGCUUUUGUCCAGGGAAGAUCUAUGUUACAAAAUGUUUUGAUUUGUCAUGAUCUAUUGAGGCAUUAUAAUAGGAAAACCACUCCUAGGUGCCUCGUGAAAAUAGAUCUCAGGAAAGCAUAUGAUAUGGUCAGUUGGGAAUUAUUGGAGGAGGUCUUGAAGAGCUUUGGGUUUCCUGCUAAAUUUAGUCAACUAGUUAUGACUUGCGUAUCCUUACCAAAGUUCUCUGUGAAUGUGAAUGGGGAGAAUCAUGGUUAUUUUGAAGGAAAGAGGGGGCUAAGGCAGGGUGACCCUAUCUCACCUUUGCUAUUUGUUUUAAUUAUGGAAUAUCUCUCAAGAGUGUUGAAAUGCAUGGGAUCACUACCAGACUUCAAAUUUCACCCCAUGUACAAACAAUUGAAACUUAAUCAUCUCAUAUUUGCAGAUGAUCUUAUGGUAUUUUGUAAGGCUGAGUUAAAGUCAGUUACUAGGGUCAUGGAAGCAUUAUCACACUUUAGUAGGGCCUCUGGUUUGGUGGCAAAUAUGGACAAAUCUAACUUGUUCAUGGCAGGCAUAGAGGGUAAAGGAGCAACUACUGGUCAAGACAGCUUUUGGGGCAGUGUAUUUAUAUUGCCUCAAAUUGUAGUGAAAGCAGUGGACAAAAAAUGCAGAGAAUACUUGUGGGGUGCUACGGAAGGACAGAAAAAAAUAUCUCUAGUCUCGUGGGAACAGGUUUGUUGGCCUAAGAAAUCAGGUGGCUUGAAUGUUAAAGGAUGCAAGAUCUGGAAUAUUUCUUCAGUAGGCAAACUGUUAUGGCAGUUAGUGGAACAUAAAGCCUCUUUGUGGGUUAAGUGGGUUCAUGGUAUAUACAUAAAAGAAGAUGCUGAUAUUUGGGUACAUAAGGCUCCUCAAGACUGCAGCUGGUACUGGAAGAAACUAAAUGGAUUGAAAGAGGAUAUGAAGACUUGGUACCAACAUGGUAGAUAUAAGUCGACUGCUGGAGGAAAAUAUUCCAUGACUCAUAGUUAUAUUGCCAUGCUUGGGAACCUUAGAAGACUUGAAUCAGCAGACCUUAUAUGGACUGCAGCUGCUCAACCUAAGCACAGAUAUGUCCUAUGGGUGGCUAAUCAAAAUAGGAUCCUCACUAAGGACAGACUACUUAGGUUAAACAUAACAGUGGAGGAUGAACAUUGUUGCUUGUGCAAUACUCAAGCCUUGGAAACAGCUCAUCACCUAUUUGUGGAUUGCUCCUGGACUCAAGCUGUCAGUACUAAAUUGAUGCAGUGGGCUGGUGUCCAGUUACAUCUUGGAGGGGUGCAACAAACUUUGGCUAGAAUCAAAAGGAAGCAUUGGCCCCAAUUCAAGAAGGAAGUGGUUGCAGCCAUCUGGGGGGCAGUAAUAUAUCACACUUGGAGGGCUAGGAACUGGAGGAUUUUCAAGAAAAUAAAUGUACAUAGGGAGGUUGUUCUUACGCAAAUAAAACUGGAAAUUAUAGAGAGGAUAAGUAUACUGCAAAGGUCGAGGAAAGCACAUAGUUGUAGAGGUUUUUUGCGUUCUCUACAAUGUAAUUAG